AUGGCUGGGGGGGGCCAAACCAAGUCAGCAAAAUCCUGCCCGAAUGAGAAGCCCAAUUAUGGUGGGCCAACCAAGUUAGCAAAAUCCUGGUCCGAAGAGAAGGCCAAGCUGAGAACGCCCAAUGCUGGUGGGCAAACCAAGCUCAGCAAAAUCCUGCCCCGAAGAGAAGGCCCCAUGUGGUGGGGCAAACCAAGCUUAGCAAAAUCCUGGUCCAAGAGAAGGCCCAUGCUGGUGGGCCAACAAGGCUCAGCAAAAAUCCUGUCCGAAGAGAAUGCCCAAUGCCUGUUGGGGCCAAACCAAGCUCAGCAAAAUCCUGGCCUGAAGAGAAGCCCAAUGCCUGGUGGCCAAACCAAGCUUCCGCAAAUCUGUCCUGAAGAGAAGGCCCAAUGCUUGGUGGGGCCAACCAAGCUCAGGAAUCCCUGGCUGAAGAGAAGGCCCAAUGCUGGUGGGCCAACCAAGCUCAAGGAAAAUCCUGCCCCCUUGGGGAAAAAAAAGAGAAGGCCCAAUGCUGGUGGGCCAAACCAAGCUCAGGAAAAUCCUGGCCCGAAGAGAAGGCCCAAUGCUGGUGGGCCAAACCAAGCUCAGGCAAAAUCCUGGCCCGAAGAGAAGGCCCAAUGCUGGUGGGCCAAACCAGAUCAGGAAAAUCCUGUGCCCGAAGAGAAGGCCCCAAUGCUGUGGGCCAAAACCCAGCUCAGGAAAAUCCUGGCCGAGAGAAGGCCCCAGACGCUGUUGGGCCAAAUCAAGCUUAGGAAAAUCCUGGCCCAAGAGAAGGUCCCAACGCUGGUGUCCAAUCAGCUCCAGGAAAAUCCUGGCCCGAAAGAGAAGGCCCAAUACUGGUGGGCCAAAAAGGCUCAGGAAAAUCCUGGCCCGAAGAAAAGGCCCGCGCCAUGCUGUGCCAAAUCAAAGCUCAGGAAAAUCCUGGCCCGAAAGAGAAGGCCCAACUGGCUGGUUGGGCCAUCCCAAGGCCAAAAGUAA